CAAUAAUGUUGAAGAAGCCUGGAGGAUGAGGGUGGCAAUAUUUAGCACAUAUCUAUGGCUUAAGUGAUCUAAGAGGCAAUUUUAUUAAGGUUGAUUGUGUAGAAAACUGGUUCAGACAGAUUGAAAAGAUUAAGAUGCUGCUGGAGAAAAAGGGUUCUGAAUUAGGACUAAGCGCUUGGAUAGGAAAAAAAAAAUUUUUGAGGAUGGAUACAUCAUAUUCAGGGAAAAUGUUUUUUUUUUUUCUAGGCAAAAGGAAUUCUAAUUUUUGGAAAAAUAUUGCACAUUAAGUUCUUUAGAAUUAUUUGACAUAUUAUUAUAAAAUCAGUUUGGUCCUCAGUAUUUUGAAUUUAUUAAUUGACUAAACGUUCAGGAUCAAAAUAUACAUUCUUUCAUUUGUAAAUUUGGAAGGAAGGAGAUAAUAUGAAAUUUCAGUAUCAGUUUAUAUUUAUGUUAAAUAUAAAAAUUUGUGCUUUCUAAUUUUUUAAUAUGUCAAUAGGAAACUAUAUAUGAUGGAAUUGAACUUCUCAGCAUUUAUGAGUACGUUAUUUACUUCAGUAAACCUUUAUUUUCCUGAAAGUAUCGAUCCUUCAUUGAAAACUACUGAUAUUCCACAAUCUUCUAUAUCGAGUGAAUAUGACUUUAUAAUUGUUGGAGCGGGAUCUGCAGGUAGUGUAGUAGCAAAUAGACUAACAGAAAACCCAAAUUGGAAUGUUCUAUUGAUUGAAGCUGGAUUUGACGGAAAUCCCAUAUCCGAUGCCCCGUUUUUAAGUUUGCGUACUUAUAAUACAGAAAUAGAUUGGAAUUAUACCACAAUACCACAAAAGAACGCUUGUUUAGGUAGAGAUGGGCGGUGUCAAUAUCCAAGAGGACGUGCUAUGGGAGGCUCAAGUACUAUCAAUGCAAUGUUUUAUGUGCGCGGAAAUGCUGCAGAUUACGAUGGAUGGGCUGCUCUUGGUAAUCCUGGAUGGAGUUACAAUGAUGUAUUACCUUACUUUAUAAAAUCAGAAAACAACACAGAACCAUCUUUGGUAAAUUCCUCUUUUCAUGGAACUAACGGACCCCAACACGUCCAAUAUCCAAACUUCGUGUCUCCCUUGAGGGAACGUUUUGUUCAAGCUGCUGAAGAAUUUGGAAUGCAAAGAGGUGAUUUUAAUGGAGAACGGCAAGAUGUUGUAGGUUAUGCUCAGGCAACUAUUAAUGGUCCUAUAAGAGCGGAUACUGCUAGAGGUUACUUAGAUCCUAUUAGGGAUAGAAAAAAUCUUAAUAUCAUUAAGGGUUCGACAGUAACCAGAAUCAUAUUCAAUAAUAAAGUCGCUGAAGGUGUGGAAUAUUACCGAUAUGGAAGUAUGUAUAGAGUAAGUGCUAGAAUGGAGGUCAUUUUAUCUGCUGGUUCUAUAAAUACUCCACAGCUUUUGAUGCUCUCUGGGAUUGGUCCCAGCGAUGAACUAAAAAGGCAUAAUAUACCAAUAGUGCAAGAUUUGCCUGUUGGGGAGCAUUUACAAGAUCAUUUGCGUUUACAUAUAUAUUUUGAAAUAAAUUUAAACGACACUCUAACAAGUGAUGUUUGGGAAACAACUGGAAGUAUAGAAGAAUACACUAAGGAUAGAAAUGGGCCUUUAACAACGACUGGAGGUGAGGCAAUGGCAUUUUUCAGUACAACAAACAGUUCUGAGCUACCUGAUAUGCAGGUCACGUGGGUCAAUCAUUUGGCGGAUAUUAUUGAACCUCAACACAGGAAUAUUAUCACGACUUUGUUGUGCAACGUGAAGCCAUUUAGCGUAGGAAGUGUUAAAUUGAGGAGUGCCAAAUGGUACGACCCACCUCUGAUUGAUCCAAACUAUUUCUCUGAUCAUAGAGAUUUUGAAUCUUUUCAAAGAGGCAUGGAAUAUUUGUUUCAAUAUAUGAAAACUCCAACGAUGUCUAAACUCGAACCAACCCUAUACACUGAGGUUCAACCUGAGUGUCAAGGAAUGGCAGUGGAAGAAUUUAUUCCUUGUGUCAUUACUCAUUACACUGCUACAAUUUUUCAUCCAGUAAGUACCGCAAGGAUGGGCCAAGAAGGAGACGCUGUAGUCAAUUCUUAUCUUCAAGUUUAUGGCAUUAGUAAGUUGAGGGUUAUCGAUGCCUCAAUUAUGCCAUUCAUAGUUCGUGGCAACACUAAUGCACCAGCUAUUAUGAUUGGUGAAAAGGGUUCAGAUAUUAUUAAAGCAUUUUAUAAAGACUAAUUAUUAAUUCACUCAAUUCAUC